CACCAUUUUUACAAAACGUCACUGUCAGAGAAUCGACCUAACCAACGACAACAAACGUGCUGUAAAAAGCCAAAAAAGAGCCGAAAUAUCUUCUUUCACCCCAAAAAAAAAGGGCUCUAUAAAUGAAAAAUGGCGGGCCGGCCACAGCACAUGCAUGACGGUGGAAUUGUUGAACGCCGGUUGCGUCCUAUUUACGAUUGGUUGGACAAUGGGAAUAACAAGAAGGCCCUCCAGGAGGCAGAAAAGGUGCUUAAAAAGAGUCCUACGCUGCAAGCGGCGCGGGCUCUGAAGGCCCUGUCGCUUUUUAGGUUAGGAAAAUCGCCGGAGGCUCACUCGGUACUGGAGGCGCUGGCGGAGGAAAAGCCGAGCGACGACACCACGCUGCAGGCCAUGACGAUAUGCUACAGGGAAUGCCAGCAAUUGCAAAAAGUAUGCUCGCUCUACGAAGCGGCAGUGAAAGUGGACCCGACUAGCGAGGAGCUGCUCUCCCACCUGUUCAUGUCCUAUGUCCGCGUCGGGGACUACCGGGCGCAGCAGCGGGCAGCCAUGACGCUGUACAAGUUUGCACCUAAGAACCCGUAUUACUUUUGGGCUGUCAUGAGCAUUGUUUUACAGGCCAAAGAAUCUGAUGACGCGUCCAAACGUGGCAUCCUCCUGGCCCUGGCCCAACGGAUGGUCGACAACUUCAUCUCGGAAAACAAAAUGGAGGCCGAACAGGAAGCUCGCCUAUACAUCAUGAUCUUAGAACUCCAGGAGAAGUGGGAAGACAUCUUGAAGUUCAUAGAGAGCCCACUCUAUGAUAAACUUCUGCCUGGAGCCAUUACCCAGGCCGUUAUACCUUAUUUAAAGAAACUUAAGAGGUGGAAGCCGCUGAAUCUUUUAUGCAAGGAGCUGUUGUAUGAUAAUCCAGAUAGGUGGGAUUACUACGUCCCAUACUUCGAAUCAGUAUUCCAUCUGAUGAAGGAAUCAGACAAGAGUGACAGAUGUGACGAUACUGCGGAAAAGUGCCAUGAAUUCAUCUGUCAGUUGGUGGAGGGCAUGGGAUCAGGCAGGGUGUUACGUGGACCUUAUUUAGCAAGAUUGGAGCUUUGGAAACGAUUGGCGGUUGAUGGGAAUCCUACUGAGCUUUUAGGUAGUGGUGUAGCACUAUGCGUGCAAUACUUGCGAGUGUUCGCCAACAAGCCGUGCGCGGUGCCUGAUCUCCGGCCGUACCUGGAAAUGAUCCCGCAGGGCGAGCGCGAGCAGCACUGCCGGGAUUUCCUCACGUGUUUAGGCUUCGACGAGGACAGUGAGCCUACCACGCCCGACGAUAUCCAGCGUCACAUCUCCUGCCUGUCGCUCUGGCGGCUGACGGCAGCCCCUCUCCCCGCGGCGGACUGCCUGUCGCUAGCCGCUCGGCUACGGGCGCACUACCUCAGAGCCAACUCCGACGGGUACGCGAUACUGGCCGCGCAUCAUUAUGUAUAUGCUGCGAUCGAGUUACAGAGCUCAGAGCCGGUGGUGGAGGCUCUAUGUCUUCUAGAGCUGGUGCUCCACCGCUCUCCGGCCAACUUCCACGUCAAGCUACUGCUAAUCACCCUCUACCAUCUCCUAGGUAACGCAUUGGCGGCGGACAGCAUCUACCAACGUUUAGAAGUGAAGCAUAUUCAACUGAUCUCACUAGGCUGGUUACACUGCGCGCGGCUCAGCGGCGCCGCGGCCUGCGCGAGAGCGUUACAGUUGUUAGCUGACACCAGGGCCUUCCGCGACCAUCAACACAAAGACAGCGUGGAACACUUGACGUACGCGUACAAAUACGGCACGUUCGAGAAGCUAGUGGAGCUCGGGCGUUGGAACUGCGUGCUGCGGCGCUGCGCGUGGGGCGGCGCGGCGGCGCGCGAGCGCGCGCUGCUCGCGCUGCUGGCCGGCCCGCCCCAGCCGCUGCAUGCGCCUGCGCCGCUACACAAGGAACCUGCUGACAACCGCGACCUAAGCGUGAUAGUCAGCUACGACCCGCCACAAUGCCAGGACCCGGACCUGAAAGCCAGGACCUUUGACGAGGAGCUAGCGUACCUGAGGCUCAAGGACGGCCUGGUGUCUUCCAUAGCGCUGUGCAUAGAGCUGGCUGACGGCAGACCGGUCGACGAGAAACAGGCUCACUACGAGGAGUUGACGGCGUGUGUGGGUGCCUUUAGCGAAGCGAUGGCGAAAUGUCGAGAUCUGUACGGCACCAGGCGGCGGUGGCGCGUCUCUGAACCCUUCCCCAGCAGAAUUAUCGCAUUCGUAUCAUCACCCGUACCCUACCGGGAGCUGUACUCCUGCGCACUAACGCUAGUGGGCGAGCUGGCAACGUCGCACACGGCGCGCGCGCACGCACUAGCGGAGGAGGCGGCGCGUGAAAUACGCAGCGCGAGUCAAAAGCUGAAGACUGUGGUGCCUAGGGAGGGUUGGGGCAUGAGGGAGGCUAUAGAACACCUCAGUGUCUACUUAGAGUUCAUAGGCAUAAUCACCUUCCUCCUCGGCGUAUGUAAUGAGCUCUCAACUCCACACAACACCAAAAAGUCCAAAAAGAAAACCAGCCAGUCCCCGGACGAGCUCCGGACCUCAGAACUACUCUCCGACCUCAACCAAGCCGUACAAGACUCCGUCUCAGACAUCGAACUAGUCAUCGAAGACUGGCCAAAAUAUACAUUCAACGCAACGCUAGAACAAGAAUUAAAUAAACUCUCCUUAGAUAAAUACCAGUGCCCGGUUCAGAAUAAACUUAAUAGUGGAUUGAAGGAUGUUUUGAGCGAUUUGGGGAAUAUACUUAAGAAAAAAGUGAAGUAUUUGAAGAGUCUGCAGUGAUGUGAUAUGCAUAUCUGUUAUAUUGAUAUUAUCU